AUGAACCCUGCAAACUAUCGAGAAGCGCUGAUCGAAUUGCAUGCAAAUGAGUCUGAAGGGGCCGAUAUUCUUCUGGUAAAACCAGGCUUACCUUACUUAGAUGUGAUAAGGUUGCUCAGAGAUAACUCUCCACUUCCAAUUGCUGCAUAUCAGGUUUCUGGAGAAUACUCGAUGAUAAAAGCAGGGGGUGUAUUAAAAAUGAUUGAUGAGGAAAAAGUAAUGCUGGAAUCGCUCAUGUGUCUGAGGCGUGCUGGGGCUGACAUCAUCCUCACGUGUUUUGCAUUACAAGCGGCACGAUCCUUGUGUGGUGAAAAGUGA